AUUAAAGGACAUCAAGACUAAAAUGUCUGAAAUCACACUAUAUACAGACUCUCGAUUCCCUUGUCCUCAACGGUUAGCGCUGGUCAUCCACGAGCUAGGGAUAAAACCCAAAAACAUUCAGGAGACUGACAUCCUAAAAUCAGAACACAAAACUCCGGAGUUCCUAAAACUCAAUCCAUCCGGAGCUGUCCCGUGCAUUCGAGACGAUCAAGAAAACCCGCCACUGCAUCUUAGCGAAUCUCGAGCUAUUGCGAGAUAUCUAGCCCACCGAUAUCGAUGCAAUGGCGAUGGCUUAUCUGUAUUAGUUCCAGACUUUAAUGAUCCUGUGGCAUUGGCCAAGUUUGAAGAGGGUGCAUCAAUUGAGCUCACCGCAUUCGAUGCCACUGCCAACAGGCUGGUGUUUGAAGAAUACUUCAAGCCAACAUAUUUCCACAGAGACCCUGACAGGUCCAUGGCUGAGUCCCUGAGGGUCCAGCUUGGCCAUGUGUUUGACACCCUGGAACAACGGCUGAAAGACCAGCCAUUCAUGGCGGGACAGGAGCUCACAGUUGUAGAUCUAUUCUAUCUGCCCUACAUGUUCCAUCUCACAAGGCAAGUUUGGCAAUCCUGUCUAGAGGAUCGUCCACGCUUGCAAUCCUGGUGGAGCAAAAUGACCAAACUAGGUGCUUUCCAAGCUGUCCUUAUCAAUGCAGUAACGAAAUAAUAUAUGAGAAUAUAUGUCCAUCUUGCUCUUUGAUGAUCGCAAUCAAAUAAUUUAUAUCAAAAUGCGGGAAAACAAAGGAAACGGAUGGGUUGAAAUCGUGCUGAAAAGGGCUUCACUACUUGUCAUUGCUAGGUGUCAAACUCACAGAUACGAAGAUUCUAGCUGUAAAUGUCAUCUCUUUAACUUUACACUUAGGAAGCUUGCGAUGCGC